AGACUGACUGGCUUAGUGACCCAUGGCCCUUGAAAAGGUUUUGAACCCCACUCUCUAUGCAGUAAUGAGUGUGACCUGUGUGGGUGUCUGUGUGGCGUCACAUGCGGCACAGAACCUUCUAGUAGCUUCUCGACUUGCACAUCUAGAAUGUUCCAUCCAUAUCCUCACGUUUCUUCCGGCGUUUUUUGAAAAAGCAUGCACCUGCUAAUUGCCGUUGUGCAUCUCACGAACGCACGCUAGUGGGGAUGGCGCUGGGCAACGAACGGAAGAAUCCGCACGAUCAAUCACCUUAUCUGCAUGCGAUUGAUAUCGUUGUAUUCCAACAAUUAAACAUUAAUCUUCAACAUAUUAAACUGCUUGAGACAUAUUAUUGAACAAAUGGGGUAUCGGGUAAAACAUCAACUUUUUUAAAAAAAUUACCACUUUAGUAUUUUUAACAAUAAUUUAUAAGGUGUCCGAAUAUUUUUGUGGGAUGAAAAUUCACUUUGUUCUGACAUUUCUUCUAAUACUUAAAUAACGAUUUGUUUGAAGUCAAAAGUUCUUUAGUUUCUGACAUCUAAACAUACUAUACCUCAAUAGAUUGCAAAAUAUUUUUGUUUUUUAUGUGUAUUUAUUUCAGACAUAGAACAUAGAAGUCAAAGUUAUACUAGUGCCCGAAUAUUUUCGAGAUCGACUGUAUGUAUACAUAUACAGUUAUAUACAGUUAUAAGUAUAUGUAACUCUAACUUCGUUUUUAUUACAUUAUUCACUCAUGUAGUUAAUUUUCAUCAACUAUUAUUAUUUAUAUGUAAUAUUUAUUUACUGAUAGUAAUUAUUUCUAUAUAUAUAUUUAUACGUUAUGAAUUGUCGAUAGCAUAAUUCUAAUUAAUACUAUUGUGAAUAUAUUAUUGUAUAAUAUCUUAAAAAUGAGAGAACUGCUUCAUAUUCUUGCAAUAAUAAAUUAAAAUUAUCUUUGAAAAAGAUUAUUAUCUAAAUCUCAAUAUAUAAGGAUUAUAUAUUAUAAUUUCACUAUUAAUUCUCAAUAAAUCUGUAUAUAUUAUAAUUUCAUAACUAAUAUGUAUAUUAUACAAUAUAUUAAUAAUAUUAAUAUUUUCCAUAUUCUUUGCCUCCAACCUGUCAAUAUAUGUCCUAUCCAAUAUUCAUAUAAUAUAAAAAUUCCAUAAUUUAUAAUUAAUAAUCAAACAACGUGUGAUUGUAAUUCGUAUUUCGAAUUAUUUUAAUUCCUCAGUAUUGAAGAUGGCACUGCCAACAAAUGUCAGCUCUAUGCGAUGUAAAAUCAAACAAAGGAACAGUUCUUUCCGGUUCUCCGUCGAAUGUGGAUUGUUGAGCAUUAUAUACAAUAUGUCAAAAAAUGCAUUUUAUUUCUUUGCUCUUGACUGGGCAAAAGAGCAACAGAAGCGUGGCAUAUCUGUCCCAAGAAAUAUGAAAGAACUUUCAUCGCUUUGUAGCGAAGACUGGAAGAAGCUUCCUCCACAUGAAAAGGGAAUUUAUAAGUCUAGAGCAAAAGACAACAAGAUUAAAGCUCAAAUGACAGUAGGUAACAGAACUACAAUUGGUGAAAGUGUAGCUGAGUUAGAGUUAGAGCAAAAGAGACAGGAGGAAUUUCAUCAAAACAUGCUUCAAUACAUAGAAUCUAUAGUUGGUGUAGGUGUAAGACAUGAUAACUUGAAAAAUUUAAAAUUCAUAUUUAUACAUGUCAAUUGGUUUUAUAGAAGAGACAUAGGAAUUAACAAGUAUGACUUUUGUCCUGCAGAAUUUGCAAUUGCAGAAUUUAGUAUACUAAAUGGUAUUCAAAAUGUAUACCAUGAAAUAUUAAAGGUAAAAAUACCUUUAGGAUGGAAAAGAGAUGCACUAGAAACUAGUCAGGAAACACACCAAAUCCCUAUAGAAUUAGAUGAUGGAGAAUAUGACUUUGCACUUAUGUAUGAUAAGUUCUCCAAAUUUAUGGAACGUAAUAAGACUGGGAGAAGGUAUCCUCCAUUGUUCACUCUGAAAAACUCAUAUCCUAUUGUGGAAUCACUGCUACAGAGAUUGAAUGAAGCAAGUGGUCAAUCUGUUGACGACUAUCUAAUCUAUUCAAUAGAAGCACUGUUUGGAGAACUACGAAAUGCUGCUGUAAAGAGCGUAGACGAACGUGGCAUUCCUCUUGUUCUUGCUGAAACGGAAUUUGCAAAAGACUACUUAUCCACUAUGCGUGGCUUCGAGUGUGAAUUCCAUAAAAUUGUAGAUGUAGCUCAGUACUGCAGUAAAUCCAUAAUAACAAGAUGGGGUAUGACGAUAUGUGAUUAUUGCUGUGAAUACCUGAAUGUUGAAAUGAUCGAAGGUGUGCAUUGCCCAUACAAGAAUUCCUUCGACAUUAAUAGACAAGAUACUGCUAGCGGAAGAACUGAUAACAUUGAUCUGAAGAUAAAGACUUUAAAAAUACUGGAAAACAGGGUAACAAUUGCUGAUAUGAAUGGAGUAUCCAAAGAGUAUAGGGAUAAGGUAUCUACACGAUCUUACGAAGAAGAGAAAAAUAGACGAAUGGAGAAUAAAGUGGUCAUAGUUGAUCAUGCUAAAGCUAGUACAUCCAAAUCCAACACUGCAGCUCUAAAUUUGCCAAUGCGACCAUUGCGUGCACCUAAAACAAUGGCUAAAGCUCUUAGUGGAACACAGGAAGGCUUCGAGCUUCUUAAUGAUGUUACCAAUUUUCCACCAAUUGGAGGACGAGGUACAGUUAAAAAAGAUACUACAAAGUUCAAGCUGCCUUUGGGCAGAGGACGUGGAAAUUGUUAGGACAAAUAGCUUUUGGUACGAAAGAGAUUGGACUUUUUCUGUGACAACAAAUUCGUAUGGAAUCUUUGAAAUACACUCUUACAAAUAAGACUUACAUAACUUGUGUGUAAUUUGUUUUAUGAAAAAAGAACAAUAUUUUGUUACAAACUUAGACAUAAAAAAAGAUGAAAGAUAAAGACACGAUCUGUUACCAAAGUUCAUAAAGAAAAUAUACGAUUAAUUUUUAAUGAAAGUGAAUUUUAUUAUCUAAACCUUGAAUCUCAAAAUAAUUUGUAAUUUUGUUAUUACAAGAUUUAGAAUGCUAAACUGCUUUAUAAAAGUUUUUGUGAUUUUAAUUCUCGUUCUGUUUUCAUGCCGUUGUGUUUUGGAUAUAUCUUAGACUAUGUAUAAAUUUUAUUCAAGAAAGGUUAAAGUUAUCCAAGAAUGCGAGGGUUUCCAUAAAUGAUAGUAUUUCGUGGAAUUAGUCUUACUUCUUACAAGUGGCUGAUUCGUACAUUCUUUGCGUGCAUGGCUGACUCAUACAUUUCGAAUUGGCGACGGCGUGCCGCCGAGUUAGAUAACUAUCUAUGUAUAUAUGUUAUUUCGAAACAUAAUAUGUAUAAACAAAAAUUAUUUAUUAAAAAUAAAAUGGAUGGAAUUCA